AUGCUUCGCGUUUCUACCACUUGUCUUUUUAACAUGUUUUUUUAUCCGGGAACGAAAAAUUUAUAUAGAUCCCUAAAGUAUAUUAUAAAAUAACCAUUCCAAUAAAAAAAAACAGAUAACUAUAUAGCCACAUAAUAGGAAAAAGUAUAUUAAGACUACUAAAAUAUUUUAUUUGUAUUAAAGAAUUACUAUUGUAACAUAGAUGCAGAGAAGAGACUAUGUUUUAGUCUAUAGGUACCAAAAAGGUUAAUGGUUGUUUAACUUGUAUUGCGCAGCAGAAACUCACGGUACUGUAUUGCGCAGCAGAAACUCACUGUACUAUAUCGUGAGUCACGACAUGAUUAAUUGUCCACAUUAGUUCGUUAGGGUCCAUCAGAUAUUCCAAUAAUCAACAUGCGUUUGUUGAAAAGAAAAAAAAAAAAAAAAAAUCUCUUAACUACUACACCUCUUUAAACAAUCAUGUUCUGAUUAUUUCGUUAACGUUAAAAUAGCGUUAUAAAACAAGCAACAAUCAUUCCAGAGCAAAAGAAAAUAAAAAUGGAUGAGACCGAGAUCCCAAAGAAACUGCAAAACGAGGAUGAAGAAACCAUAAGUUUGAUCUCUUCACUUCCCUUAGACGUAGAUUUCGAUGGCACGAAGCUGUUCAAGUACCAAGGAUAUUGGUACAACGACAAAACCCUGCAAGGAGUCCUCCAUUUCCAAAGAGGUUUCGAGCCAAAAGACAUGGACAUAAUCAUUGCCUCGUUCCCCAAAUCUGGUACUACUUGGCUCAAAGCUCUCACCGUAGAUCUCCUCGAGAGAUCCAAACAGAAACACUCUUCUGAUGAUCAUCCUCUUCUCCUUGAUAAUCCUCAUGGCCUUGUACCAUUCCUCGAGCUCAGGCUGUUCACGGAGACCUCGAAACCAGAUCUGACCACUAUCUCAUCAUCACUAAGGUUGUUCUCGACUCAUAUGGGGUUCCAAACACUGCGAGAGGCUCUCAAGAACUCUCCUUGUAAGAUCGUGUACGUGGGGAGGAACAUGAAAGACGUACUGGUGUCGUUUUGGUAUACUAACUGCGCACAACUAAAGAUAGAAGUGGAGAGAAGCAUUUUGGAUUCAAUAAUGUUCGAGUCCUUUUGCAGAGGAGUUAUCAAUUACGGAUCAUCAUGGGAACAUGUCUUGAACUAUUGGAGAGCAAGCUUGGAAGACUCCAAGGAUGUGCUUUUCUUGAAGUACGAGGAGUUGAAAAAGGAGCCUCGUGAUCAGCUCAAUAUACUUGCCGAGUUCUUGGGUUGUCCUUUUACAGUGGAAGAAGAAGAGAGCGGAUCAGUGGAAGAGAUACUAGACCUUUGCUCAUUGGGUAACUUGAAGAAUUUGGAGAUCAACAAGACCGGAAAAACUCUUAAAGGGCCCGAGCACAAGAAUUUUUUUCGUGAAGGGGAAGUCGGUGACUCCAAGAAUUAUCUGACUCCUGAAAUGGAGAAGAUAAUUGACAUGAUUAUCGAGGAGAAAUUUCGAGGUUCGGAUUUAAAAUUCUGAGUUACGUUAUCUUUAUGUGUGGUUUAAUUGUGCUUCAUUUGACCAAAGUACCAUUUGUUGUAACUUGUUAUGUUAUUUUGAUUUAUGAUUUCAUGAUAAUGUGUAUCAUUUGUUACUACUUUGGUGUUGAAUUCAGUUUCGUUGAACUGAGAAUAAUAAUUUGAAACCAAAGCGACUAGUUUUUGCGGUUGAAAAUUUUAUAUUAUAUUUUCAGAAUGAGAACAUAUGUAAUCAAUAAUAAGGUUAUUUAAAAUAAAUACUUAGAUAAUUGUCCCAAAAAAAGU